AUGUGUGUGACAGAACAAGAAUUCGAAGCAAAGUGGCAAGCAAUGUUGCAAAAAUAUGAGUUGACAGAACACUCUUGGUACAAAAGAGUGUAUGAGUUGAAAGACAAAUGGUGUCCUGCCCUUUGUAGAGAUUUCUUUUCAGCAGGGAUCUUAUCGUCACAAAGGAGUGAAAGCACUAAUCAUGCCAUAGGAUUCAGAGCAAGUAAAGCAACUACUUUGACAGAAUUUUAUACCAUAUUUAAGAAGACAACUAAUCGUUGGAGAAGCACAGAGAAAUAUGAUGAGUUUACCUGUAGCAAGUCAAUAGCAUUCACUUCAUUGCCUCUAUCUGGAAUGCUAAAUCAUGCUGCACAGGUUUUCACUUUAUCACUCUUUAGAAAUUUUGAAGAGGAGUUUGGAUACUCUAUGGCAACAACUGUUCAGAUGUUAGGCAGUAAUGAAGAAUGCCUACUUUAUCAAGUAACACUAGAAGACAAGCCAUGGUCUGCACAUCAAGUAAACUAUAUACAAGAGAGCCAAACUGUAUGGUGUACUUGCAAAAACUUUGAAGCAUCUGGAUGGUUAUGUUAUCAUUGCAUCAGAAUUCUACAUUUGCAUUCAGUAACAAGAAUACCAGACAAGUAUGUUUCAAAAAGAUGGACUAAGUUUGCAAAAACAGAGGCAUGGGAUAGGUUGAAGAAUCAGGAUCCUAAACAGCAAUAUAUUCCGUGGAGGCAAACAAUGAUGAGGAAAUACUACAAUCUAAUCUUAAAAAGUCAAGAAAAUGAAGAGACAAGAGCAUUUAUGGAAGAAAGCUUCAGAAACAGUCUUAAAAUGGUGGAAGACUUACUUGCUAGUGCUGCUCAGAAAGAAAGUGCAGAAGCUGCUUCUAACAUUCCUGAUGUGGCAGACAACACUCAAAGCAAUACUGACGCUUCUUCAGCAUCGAGUACAAGCACAUGUGUACCAAUAAUUCUUGAUCCUAAAAGGGCUGUAACAAAAGGAAGAAGCAAGAGAGCAAAAGGAGGACUUGAAAAAAGCAAGAGAAAAAGAAAACCAGCACUGCCACCUCCAAAUUCAGAAUUUGGAUCAAAGACACCUAACUUACGACUCUUUUAA